GAUGCGUUGCAUAUGCGAUGUUACUGCAAAUCGAAACUUAUUUGUUUAUAUUUAACUUUUGACAAUACGAAAGUGACUUUUCUCCUCCAUUUUUCAGUGUCUGGAAUUAGUAUAUGUAGAAUAAGAAUUCAAUAGUAUUGUGGUGUGAAACAAUGUUCAAAAACAAACUUCCUACAGCAGAUGUACAAGUUCAGACUGUUAUCAGAGUGUACCCUCACAUAUUGGAAGGUAGUGACUUGCCAAAAAUAACAACGGAUAAAAAACUUCAGACAGUUUUAUCGGAGUCUCCAAAGGACAGCGAACAUUUUUAUGCGCUGCUUAAAUAUACCCCAUAUUCGGAUAUCAUAGAAAACAAUAUAAGAAUAAUAGAUAUACCAAGAAAAAAGAAGUUAACGUUUCGUGCUUUAGCCAGUUCUUCAGAAAUCGAGGAUCAUAUACGGGAACUAACUCUUAGCGAUGAUGACGGGGUGGGAUAUUUAUGUGCAGAAAUAUUAAGGGGACGGGAAACUCAACAUAAACAACAUUUUUCUGACAGUCACACUCAAACUGAUGUCCUGGUGCAUCCUCACAUUUUGGAAGACCAAGAUGUAGCUCUUGUUUGUGAAACCAAAGCAACACAAACUGUAACAAUGACUAAUUGUCAUGGAAAAAACAAUAACUAAACCUAAACGUGCCUAAACAUCCUUUAUUAUUUGUAACAUUUAAACCGUAAUUAUACCAUUACCUAUU